CUUCACAAAUUCGCAAACCUUAUUUAUAAUUCCCACAACCUUUCUCUUCUUCUUUCGAAAAUUUGUCAGGAAGAAAAACAGCAGAAGUGAAGAUGGGGGUUGAUUAUUACAAAGUAUUGGGUGUUGAUAAGAACGCUACUGAUGAUGAUUUGAAGAAAGCUUAUAGAAAACUCACCAUGAAAUGGCACCCUGAUAAGAGCCCACAAAGCAAGAAAGAAGCUGAAGCUGAAGCUAAGUUCAAACACAUCUCUGAGGCUUAUGAUGUGCUUAGCGACUCCCAGAAAAAAGCUGUGUAUGACCAGUAUGGUGAAGAAGGGCUGAAGGGUGGGGUACCACCACCUGGAGCUGGUGGCCCUGGUGCCGGUUCAACCUACUUUUCUACCGGGGAGGAUAUGCUCCGUAAGCCAGAGAAGAAAUCCAAGAAAAGCAAUAAGAAUGCUGCCACCGGUGGUCUUGGGGGAGAGAGUGAUGAGUGUGAGGUUAAGAGAGAGAAAAAAAGAGAAGGUGGAAAAAAUUCUGGAAAACCCAACAAAGUCAGUGAUGAAGAUGUUGUGAAAUGUGUUGAGAAAGAGAAAAAGAAUAAGCUGAAGAAAAGCUGCUUGAAUGAGCCUUUUGACACCAAAACUAGUGCUCCUGCAAGUGCAACUGAAAUGCGGGACAGUGACAAGGUAGUUGAGACCCUUGGUGAGGUCUCUGGUGGAGAUGUUGUGGACGAGAUUAGAAGGAAGAAGAAAUCCAAGAAAAACAUUAAGACUACCAACGGUGUAGAAAUGACAAACACUGAUAUUAAAGCUAAGAGUGAUGACUCUUACAUCAAGAGAAAGAAAGAAAGAAAACAUGGAAAACAUUCUAGGAAGUUUAGUGAAGACAGCGACGAGGUUGCUUCGAGAACUGUUGAAGGGAAUAAAAGUAGGAAGUUGAAGAAAAGCUGCGGGAAUGAGCUGGAGAAAAUGCAUGAUACUGAGGAUAUGCAGGAAGAUGUUGCUGAAGUCAAUGAAGGUGAUAUUUCUUCACCUAUAGAGAUGGAAGAAAAAAACAAAACAGACAAAGGUAAUAUCAAAAAGAGAAAAAGGGUAAACUUAGGACACAACUCUGAAGAUCCUACACAUGAGAAGAGUGAAAAGAGAGAGAGAUUUUCUGGUCAGGUUCAGAUUUUCCCUUCAUUGAAUGAUCCAAGUGAUGAGAAUCAUGAGAUCGAGGAAGAAAAUUUACUGCGUGGCAAGCGAUUCUCAAAGCUAGAAGAUGAAGUUGUCAAAGAAGCUGUUCAUAAAUACAUUGAGAUACAUAACUUAGGCGAAGAAGGGCUGAAAAAGGUUUUAAAUUCUAGAUCUUAUCCUGAAAUUAAGGGUUGCUGGAAAGAAAUAGGGAGAGCUAUACCAUACAGACCUUCUACUGCAGUUUACUCUCGUGGGCAGAUCCUGUUUCGAAGAAGUGAAUCACGUAAAUGGACUGAAGAGGAGUAUGAGAUGGUGCUGAAGUUCCAGAAAGAGCAUGGGAACAAAUGGAGGGACUUAGCUGAUGAACUUGGAAAACAUCGGUGGCAUGUGAAGGAUACAUGGCGAAGGCUAAAACAUCAGAAUAAAGGACAAUGGACUCAGGAGGAAUACCAGAAUUUGUUUGAUUUAGUAAACACCGAUCUGAGACUGAAGCUUUCUGAAGAGAAGAAAUCUAAGCAUGGGAUGCUACGGGAUAAUAUUGCAUGGGGUGCAAUAAGUGAAAGCUUGUCCACGAGAAUUGGUGCAAACUGCUGCUCAAAAUGGUAUGAUCAAUUAACAUCACCCAUGGUGGCCAAAGGUGAAUGGGCGGAUUCUGACGACUAUCGCCUAGUUGAUGCACUUUUUGAGCUCGACGCAAGCUGCAUCAAGGAUGUGGACUGGGACAAUCUUCUUGACCACAGGGCUGGAGAGAUAUGUCGAAAGAGAUGGAACCAAAUGGUUCUUCACAUAGGUCAACUUGGAAACAUGUCAUUUCCUGAUCAAGUAGAAGUUCUAGCUAAGAGAUACCGUCCGGAUUUGAUCCAAGUAAGAGAGGCUUGGGACAGUAAACCAGUCGUUCCAUGACAUGCCCAUCACUGAGCAGUGAUGUGUCUGAAGAGUUAUUUCACAGCAACACAUACUAUUGGCAAUCCCCCCCUCUCCAUUUUAGUAAUUAUUAAAAGAUUUUGUACAACAUUUAGUAGACAUAAUUCGGAAGAGGUCCAGCACUGUGUGGUGGAAAGGAAAUGGAAAAAAUUUCACAGAUUGAUAUUGGAAAGUUGUCUGUACUUUGUAGGGCAAGAGAUCAAUCAACUCCAGCUGCAACUUGAAACUGAAAAUUUUGACAAUGUGUUGUAAUCAUGGCUUUUAUGUUUCUAUCACAAUUUUAUUAUCUGUAACGUAUCUUUAUUUUUCCCAUAUGCAUGUGUUCAGUACUUAGGUAACCUUGAAACAUCAUGAUGCUAUUAAAAUCACUCAGGACACUUGACACCAGAAGCGGGUAGAGACUAUAAGGCUAACGAUUAUUGAUUGUAGUUAACUGAAAGUUUGGUUUUGCUUACUGAAUCAGCAUAAUUAGUA